AUGGCGAAGCUGGGGAUCAACGGGGACGCGCAAGGAUUCAAGCUCUUCGGCACGAGAAUCCUGUUGGAAGCUGGCGCGGGGAAGGAGGAGGUGAAGAAGACGGAGGAGGACACGUUGGAGAAGAGGACCGUUGCGGCGGCGGUGGCGGCUCUGCCGUGCCCGAGGUGCAACAGCGCGGACACCAAGUUCUGCUACUUCAACAACUACAACGUCAACCAGCCCCGGCACUUCUGCAGGGCGUGCCAGAGGUACUGGACAGCCGGAGGGACCAUCCGGAACGUGCCCGUCGGUGCCGGUCGCCGGAAGGCCAGACCCGCCGCCGGCGAGGCCUUCAUCUUCACCUGCUCCGAUUGGACGACGGUGGGCUGGUGGAGCGGUGCUUCCUGA